AUGUCCGACACGCAGGACGCGCACACCAAGGACGGCAAGUCCGCCCCCUCGGUGCUCACCUCCAAGUUCGCCAAGCUCAACCCCUUCUCCAAGACCGGCAGCGCAGACCCGGAGGGCGGAGGCGACAACCUCGGUGAAGAGGUCGAGUUCGACUCGAUCGGUGGUGGUGGUCAUGCCGCACGUCGCACCAAGAUCACCAAGUCCGAACUGCGCGUCAGCCAUGCACUGCGCCAGUUCCUCGUAGACGAGAAGCUGCUUUCACCCGCUGAUGCGGCUCUGGACGACCAAGAAGCCUCGAGCUCCGAGGCGCUCAAGGCGCUGGUUGACCAGUCGCACAUCGAUGUGCCGGACUACGUGCGCGACCGCAGCCGUCCGCUUUCCGAGUACUUUAUCAGCUCGUCGCACAACACGUAUCUGCUGGCGCACCAGCUGUACGGCUCGUCGUCCGCGGUUGCGUACGAACACGUCAUGAUCACCGGUGCGCGCUGUGUCGAGAUCGAUGCGUGGGACAACGACGACAACCCGGCCGAGCCCAAGGUCACGCACGGCUACACGCUCGCGUCGCACAUUCCCUUCCGCGCCGUGUGCGAGACGAUGAAGCAGGCGCUGCGCAAGGAGGAGGAGGAAGCGCAGCGCGACUCAAGCUUCCGCCCGGCACCCGUGCUGCUUUCGCUCGAGAACCACUGCGGCCACGCGGGCCAGAAGCGUCUGGUCGAGAUCAUGCACGAGGUGUGGGGCGAUCUGCUCAUCUCGGGCCCCGUCGACAAGGGUGCGCCCGCCUCGGAGCACACGGCGCUCGACCACCUCGGCGCCAAGAUCGCGGUGAUGGUCGAGUUCCACCCGUCCGACAAGCCGCCGGUGGAGCAUGCCGACGACGAUGAUGACGACGAGGAGCGCAAGAACAAGGCGAAGCGCAACGAGGCCAAGAAGGCGGGCAUCAUCCCCGAGCUGUGUGCGCUGGGCGUGUACGCGCAGUCGGUCAAGCCGACCAACGACUCGUGGUACACAUCGACGCUGACCAACGGCCCGCACGAUCACCUCAUCAACAUCUCCGAGACUGGCCUGCUGGACCUGCUACCGAAGCAGGCUGCCGGGAUCAAGAAGCACAAUGCGCAGCACCUGAUGCGGGUGUAUCCCAAAGGCACGCGCAUCAGCUCCAAGAACCUCAACCCGGUUCCGUUUUGGGGCGUCGGUGCACAGGUGUGUGCGCUCAACUGGCAGACGUUCGACCACAGUGUGCAGCUCAACGAGGCGCUCUUCUCUGGCUCGGACGGAUAUGUCCUCAAGCCCACCGGCCUGCGCAUCGGUGGCGAUGGGCGUACCGCACUUGGUCGUCGUCGUCUCAAGCUGCACAUUGCCGGCGCGACCGAUUUGCCCAUUCCGCAAGGGCACGAUGCCGACGAUAUCCGACCCUACGUCACAUGCACGCUCAUCCUCCCCACGGACCUGGAGAACGAGCCGCAAAAGGAAAAGACAAAGCCGUACAAGCAGCAUAAGCUCGGCAUCAUCCAUCGUGGCGAACAGCCACGCCCCACCGAUCCGCUGUGGAACGAAUCGCUCCAGUGGGAGUUUGAACACGACGAGCUGGCUUUCCUGCGCAUCCUCAUCAAGAGCGACGACAAGUUUGCCAGAAAUCCACUUUUUGCCGUCGCCGCCGUCAGGCUCGUUUAUGCUGCCGAGGGAUGGAAGUUUAUUCGACUGCUCGAUCUCAAGGGCCGAGAAACCCACUCCACCCUCCUCGUCCGCUUCGAGUGGGAAUCCCUCUAG